AAACUAACAUGCCACAUCAACUAGCAACCAAGUCAAGUGGGUUAACAAAGUUAUUUCCGUACCUCUAUUAUCAUCCUUCAAAUUUCAACAAAAUCACAAAAUCAUUCAAUUCAACUCAUAAAAAAUUUGCCUUUUCCAAAUUUAGCAAAUCCAACUUAAUCAAAUUUCUCCCUAUAAACCCACCUAAUUUCCAUAAAAAUAUCUCUACAUAAAUCUCACAACUUUUUCCAAUUUUAUUAUUUCCAUUUAUUUAUUUAUUAAAUUCCCAAAAAAAAAAAAAAAAUUAAAAAUGCCACCUUUACAACUACUUCUCCGGCGCACAAUAGCCACCGCCGGCGUUGCAAACCCACCAUUAAUGCUCUCUCCUACGGCAUCAAUGGCGAAGCAAUCAAUCCCAAGCACCAUUGUUUAUUCCUCAAAGAGGAGCACGUUAGCAAAAAAGAGGGGCGCGUGUUAUGGAGUUGCGUGUGCGCACGUUAAGGGGUUAACUACAACCACUACAAAAAUAAAGCAAAUGAUAACAUACAACAUCCCUAACAACAUUAAUAGGAAAAGGGUAUUUAUGCUUUCUUCUUCAUCUUCCUCUUCUUCUCCAAUUUCAGAGGAGAGAGAAUCUAAGAGUAGUGAAGAAGAAGAAAAGGGGGGUGAUAGAUUUACUAGGGUUUCUGAUUUUGGGGUUGGUUCGUUUGGGUCUAAAAUGGGUUUCAAGGAUAAGCGAAACGAUGAUGAUUUGAAUCGAAACGGUGUCGUUUUGUCUACAGAGAAAGAUCAGGAGGAAAAGGGGGAUGCUUGUUCUUCUACCAAAUUGCUUACAUUGCCUACUGUUCUAACCCUUGCUCGUGUUGCUGCCAUUCCUGUUUUUAUUGGAACAUUUUUCGUGAAUAGUUGGUGGGGAGCUGCUGCCACGACCAGUUUAUUUGUUGCUGCAGCAAUCACAGAUUGGCUUGAUGGCUACCUUGCCAGAAAGAUGCGUCUAGGUACGGCAUUUGGUGCUUUUCUGGAUCCUGUGGCUGAUAAGCUUAUGGUCGCUGCAACAUUGGUCUUAUUAUGUAGCAAACCACCUGAAAUUUCCUUAUUUGGAGAUAUUCCUUGGCUAUUUCCAGUACCAGCCAUUGCAAUUAUUGGGAGAGAGAUAACCAUGUCUGCAGUUAGGGAAUGGGCUGCCUCUCAAGAUGCUAAGCUUCUGCAGGCUGUUGCUGUAAAUAAUUUAGGAAAGUGGAAGACUGCAACACAGAUGACUGCACUUACUUUUAUCUUGGCUACUCGAGACAGCAGUUUUGCUGCUAGUCAAGGGGCUCUAGCAACUUCUGGUGUUGCUCUGCUCUAUAUAUCAGCUGGGCUUGCAGUAUGGUCACUAGUAGUAUAUAUGAAGAAAAUUUGGAAGGUGUUAAUGAGAUAAAUAGUAAUACGUCCAUUGCUGCCUCUUUGGUAAGUUCUACACAGUUAUGUGGAUCUGAAUUGGUCGGUUUGUUGCUAGAGACAUCCGGACUUGAGAUGAUGGAUCCCCAUCUUCAUGAUGCUGAGAAUGAAAGAUACUGUGCUCCUCUGUAUAAUGCAUUCUGCUGAAUAAUCUUCGGCCGAAUAAUUGAAAUCGCUUUUUGCGGGAAUUCUUGUUCAUAUUAGUGGAGUUUUUGGGGGAUUCAUCACGGAUUGAUUUUGAAACUAUAACACAAGCCUAAUCCCAGUAUAUUAUUUUAUUACCUGGAGAUUCUUACAGCAACAAGCACUGGUUCGGAUGGUGAUAGGCAAGGGUUAUUAGUUCUUGUUUGAUGGUAGUAAUUUUUUAUGAUAUUAUUUGUUGAACUUCAAAGAUACAAACCUGUAAUAUACUUAUAUGCUGACUGAACAAAGCAUGAGCAGCUUUGUCUUAUAGAGUUUUCAAUUUGUCAUAUGUUACUUCCUUUGUUCCUU